AUGGAAAGCAUAAGUGCAUCUGGACACCCUCCAACCUCAACUGAUGAGGAGCAUGGAGUAGAAGCUCAAGGUACUGAGAGAAAUCCUCAGACAAAUCCUAUGCCUUCUCCUCCUGUUGUUCCUACAAAGAAGAGGAAAGAGGUGGAGUCUAGAUCUAUAGUAUGGGAUCAUUUUGAAAAGAUCCGUGCUCCACCUGCUGAAGGUGAAACUGAGGGACCAGUAGUUGAGGGCAAAUGCCUUUAUUGUGCAAAAAUUUAUAAAUGUGAAAGUAAAAAGCAUGGCACUUCCUCAUUGAAAAACCAUAUGAACGCCUGCCUAAAAAAUCCUCAUUGUAAGGACACAAGACAGUCUCUUCUCACCUUUAAUGCCUCUGGAACAGAAGCUUCUGAGGGGGUUUUGGGGACUUGGGUUUUCAACCAAGAGGCUAUUAGGAGGGCAUUGUGUGAGAUGAUCAUUGUUGAUGAACUUCCCUUUAGGAUUGUUGAGGGAAAUGGCUUUAGGAAAUUCAUUUUAGUUGCAUGUCCUAGGUUUCAAAUCCCUUCUAGGUGGACCAUUUCUAGAGACAUUUACCAGAUUUACCUAGAUGAGAGAAUAAGCCUAAAAAAGUUGUUUAGGGUGAGCACCCAAAGGGUCAGCUUGACCACUGAUACAUGGACCUCUGUCCAAAGGAUAAAUUACAUGUGCAUUACUGCACAUUUCAUUGAUGAUCAGUGGAAGCUUAACAAAAAGAUCAUUUCCUUUGUCCCAAUUUCUUCUCAUAAGGGAGAGUACAUAGCCAAAGCCCUUGAGAGUUGUCUUCUUGAUUGGGGGAUUAAAAAUGUCUUCACUGUUACUGUUGAUAAUGCCUCUUCAAAUGACACAGCUUUGGGGUUUUUCAAGAACAAAAUUCUGUCUUGGGGUGGGUCUUCUGUUAGGGUUCAAUAUAUGCACAUGAGGUGCAUAGCCCAUGUGUUGAACUUAGUGGUUCAGGAUGGGUUGAGAUAUGCAGGUCCUUCUGUUAAGAAAGUUAGAGAUGUUGUGAGAUGGGUGAGGAGUUCUCCUGCUAGACUUAAGAAGUUUAGAGAGAUUGCUGUGCUUAAUGGGGUGGAAGCCAAAUGUGCAUUACAACUUGAUGUUCCAACAAGAUGGAACAACACAUACAUGAUGCUCAACACUGCCCUUCAAUACCAGAGGGCCUUUGAAGCUUAUGAGAAUGAUGCCUCAUUGAAUGCUGACUUAUCUGAUUCUAUUCCAAAUUUUAUGGAUUGGCUUUCUGUGCAAAGCUUAGUCCAUUUCCUGAAAGGCUUCUAUGAGAUGACUGUGAGAAUAUCUGGUUUUCUCUAUGUCACUUCAAAUACUUUCUUUUCUGAGAUUUCUGACUUAGGUUGCAUGCUGGAUGACAUGGUUAACUCUGUUUCAACCUCUAAAAAGGAAAUGGGGUCUCAUAUGAAACAAAAAUUUGAAAAAUAUUGGGGAGAUCCUGAAAAAAUGAACUUCUUGAUAUUCUAUGCCAAUAUUUUGGAUCCUAGGGAUAAGAUUGAGUACAUGCCUGCCCAAUUUGCCCAGUUAUAUGGUGAUGAAAAAGGAAAAUCAUGCUUUGAAAAGGUUCAAUCUUCUAUGGUUCUGCUGUUUAAUGAUUAUACAGCCACCUACCAUGUGCAGUCUGCAUCCCCUACUGUGCAAUCUACCCAAUCUGAACCUGUCCAUUCUCAAACUUCAGUUGGAAAACCUCAGGCUAGAAUGAAAAGCCAGCUUAAAAAACAGAGAAUGGAGUCUGGUGGAAGCAGUAAAGAAACUGAUCUCCAGAUUUAUCUAAGUGAAAAAUUAGUGGAAGAUGAAGAAAAUGUGGACUUUGAUGUCCUAAGAUGGUGGAAGGUCAACAGUGAUUGA